UGGACAUUUUCUAAGAAAAUAGUUACUAUAUUUGUUGAUUAAUGCCAUAUCUUUAUUACCCUUUCUCUUUUAUUAGGUUGUUUAUUGUCUGCCUUAUUAAUCUAAUCUUCUUUACUUUAAAAAUCACCAAAAAAUGGACAUUUUCUAAGAAAAUAGUUGAUCAUAUAUGAGAGUAUCGAAGUUUGAACAGUAUUCAGAGCAAAUUCUGUUCUAUAUAAACACUGAAUUAUACAUGAAGUUUAAAAAAACUAUGAAAAAAACAUAGUAAAUUGAAUAAAAGAUUGCAGCUUACAGCAUCAGAUUUUCAGUAUUACAUCAACUACAGUUAUUUUAAUUUCAAAUUCCGUGCAUUUUACUAGGAUUUUAUGAUACAUAUAGGAACAGAGUUGAAUAAUUUUUGUAUAUUCAGUCAUGUCGAUUUACGAUGGUUCUGUACCUCGUCAAGUCGCCACUAUCAACAUUCUAGGAUGUGCUUCUGUUGACCCUGUGUCGAAGCUACAUGAAAAUUUAUUCAGACCUUAUGAAUGUGAUGCUUGUCACAGAACCUUCUCAAGACAAUCUGAACUAAUUCAACAUAAUAGGGCUCACACAGGUGAAAAACCAUUUGAAUGUAAUCAAUGUGGGAAGAGAUUUUCAAGUAGUCAAAUAUGGGUGGAUCACAUUAGAGUACAUGCUGUUGAAAAAACACAUUCAUGUGAAGUAUGCGGGAAUGUUUUUGCAAAUAAUAACAAGUUAACAAAUCAUAGGAAAAAACAUGAAAGUAUUUCCAAACGAAUAUGUGUGAUUUGUGGAGAAAUGUUUACCAGAGAGAAAACGUAUGACAUUCAUCUGAGUUUGCAUUAUCCUGAUGAUGGAGAUGGAAGGAGAGAUAGCGGACAACUUCAUUCAAACACUGCGAUAAGCUGUGGUGGCGAAACGGUUUCUCCAGAAAACAGUAGUCCAGUCUUGACUGAAAACCAGCAGAUCGUGAAUGGGACUACCCCUGAACAGCAGGUGGCACUAAUGGAUAAGUUGAUGGAUAAAGAUUUGUGUUGUAAAGUAUGUGAAGUUCCUCUCCAGACGAAGAAAUCUUUUAUCGAACAUAACAUCAAACAUACCGAUAUAAAGUCUGUUUAUGCAUGUAAAACAUGUGACAGAAAGUUUUUUUCAAAGGAAAUUGUUGAAGAACAUAUCAGAAUUCAUACCGGGGAAAAACCAUUUCCAUGUUACAUUUGCGGACAUAGAUUACGUCUCAAAAGUACCUGGUCUCAGCAUAUUAGAUUGCAUACUGUAGGAAAACCAUAUAACUGUGAUGAAUGUGGGAAGCGAUUUAGCUCAAAAACUUUGUUAACAGAUCACAGUAGAAUACAUACAGGCAAGAAGGAAUUUGUAUGCAGUACUUGCCAAAAUCGUUUCACACAAAAAUCAGCUCUGAAGGCACACAUGGUGUACAUGCAUUCCCAAGACAGACUCCAUCCAUGUUCUCAAUGUGACUAUAGAGCUGCAAGAGCAUGUGAUCUUAGACGGCACGUUUUAAGAAAGCAUGGAGUUGGUGCAUCAUUUCAAUGUAUUGAUUGUAAAAGGAAUUUUUACAGCAAAGAUUUACUUGAAAGACAUAUGAAAACUCAUGCAAAACCUAUAGCUUGUUCUAUAUGUAAAGAAACCUUCAGUAGUAAAACAGACUUCAUUUUACAUAAGAACUCACAUGAUGUCAAAAUAAUUCAUUUCACCUAUCAACCUUGUAACCCAGACCCUGCGAGUUUGAAUACUGACGCAGUGGGUGAUGAACUGAUGCUGUUUGGCCAGACUGAGGAAGUACCCAAAGAAUCUUAUUCAUGCAAAGUCUGUAACAAAGAGUUUCCAGACCAAACUUCUUUAGAAAAACAUGAGCAAGCUUUCGCAGGAAAAAAACCAUACAAAUGUGGUCAUUGUGGGAAAUAUUUUCAUAUCAAAGUCUGUGCUCAGAAACAUAUUUUAGGACAUAUUAACAAUAAAUCUUCUAAAGCAAAAAUUUCAGCUACUGCUUCAGAAAAUUGAAAAUAAAAUGCUUCUAGAAUUUUGAAUUUAAAUUUUCAAGCAAACAGCUCAGGUACCCAAUUUCUAUUAGAUUCCACUGAUAUUAAAAAUGAUGUAUAAUGUGUAGUACUCUUUAUUUUCACAUUUAACUAUGAUAUUUUUGUGGGUUAUAUCAUUUAUAUAGUGUGUUUUAUUCUAAGAAUUCAACAGAUAUUAAAAAUGAUGUAGUACUUGCCAAUUGAACAUUUGGAUCAGGAUAUACUUAUGAAUUUUGUCAUAAUAUUUUUCUGCAAUAUUUAUCUCAAAUAAUUGCAGCCCUGGAUUGCAUUACUGAUAGACUUUAUUGCUCAUAUUAUCUGUGUUCUUUUUUUCUACUGUUUGAAAAAAAUGAAUGUGACUUGACUUUUUGGCUCCAUAUACUCCUGGUCUGACUGACAAUAAUUGCCAAAUAAUAGUCUGACCAAAGUAUCAACUUUCUAAGCUCGUUUUUAUUUUUGUAUGGAUAAUAUCUCUUUUCAUCUUUGUUUUCAAAUAUGGUAAAUGCUGUCAUUUUAUUUUCUGAAUAUCAAAUUUUUUUUAAUUCUGUUAAUACUGAAUGUUCUGGAUAUCUCUAGUCACAGAAUAUUGUAUACAAACAGGGCAAUUUGGGAAUGAACAGACUGUAAGCUGUUAAUAAAGUGUGCCAUCUUUUGUGUGGGUUAUUAGUGGUUUAUGCUAAAUGGGAAAAAAACAUUGACUUAUAUUCUUGGUGCAGCUGAGUAUAGCAUGGCAUUAAAUAGUGCAGGGCUUCCCAAACUGAGGGGACGCAAUGAAUUUACAAAAAGUACACCGAUUUCACACAAAGUACUAUAUUUAUUGUACUUCUUUAGACUUUUGAUUCAAAACACUAUUAUUAAAACUAGCGCAAAACAUAAAUCUCACGAUUCUUAGAGAAUACAUUGGAUCAGAGAAGCGGCACGCUAGCAUAACAAUGCUGACUUUGAUCGUAAGACCCGAAAUGGGCGCACUUUUCGUAACAGGGGGUCGCGAAACUUUUUAAUAUAUUGGAAGGGGUCGCGACCUAGAUGUUUUGGAAUCCCUGAAAUAGUGUGUGCAUCUAUUGUUUAAGCUUAUCUUUCCAAACAUUUUUGUUUGCUAUUGUAUUUUUCAAUUAUAUGUUUAUUAUCUAAUAUUGCCUUUUGUCAUCAGGUAACAGGUUAUAAAUAAGAAGCCUUGUUUUCUUUCACCAAAUUUGAUCUUUAUUUUGAUUGUUAUUGUUUAUCAAUUCUCGUUAUUUUUGUUUACAGUCUAUAGUUAGGUUUAAUCAAACCCAGUUGAACUACUAUGAACUGCUUUCGGAGAAAUUCCAUUUUUGGUCAUUAUGAAAAGGGUAAUGCAAGAUUUUGAAAAUUACGGGAUCAAAAUUCGCUGAGACUUACUAAAACAUAUUCUGCAUCAACACGGAGUGUCGUUUCAACCAGACGCCAGGAAAAAGGGAUAUUAACAGCAUAGUGCUUCAUUACAAGUAUUGUUUUCUAAGUAUCUACGGUUCAGAUAUGUUUAUUUUAGAGAUGAGAGCGUGAUGUACGUAGUGAACCAGGAGACUGUGCUAGAACCCAUCAGGGUUCCCCGAGUUGAAAUUAGAAGCGAAAGGAUAUUCGUGGGAUGGGAAGGGGGAUCGCCUGUAAGGGGCCUAUGCGGUAUGAAUAAUUAAAAUAACGAUAUAAUUGAAUUGUUACGAAUAUACAUAUGCUUAAACUGUGAUAAUGACCUAAUGAUUGACAGGUAUCUGGAAUGCAAAAAGAAAAGAAAAAAACUGAAGUAUGAAACUUUUCCACUUAGGUUAGGCAGGCCACAUUAAAUAAUUGCACGGGCCGCUGUUAAGGAACCACUGCACUAAGCCAUUACACCUACAUUAUGGAUAAUAAUUACAUGAUUCUGCUAUAAAAUUGGCUUAUACAGAUUAUUCGAAACCGAAAUUGGUGGAAACAUUAAAUUCAUGAAUACCAUAUAUUGACACCCCUGUUGUAUCGUGGAUCAGACCAUCAUUUUUGUAUUAUGUUAUCUUUUUUCACUCCAAGCAAGGCUCUACCAAAUAGCAGCCACUGGUUUAUAACUACCGGUAUAUGUACCGUAUUUUCCGGCUAUUAAGUCGAUUUUCUGGACCCAAUUUUUUGGCCUGAUUUUUUUUUUUGGUGGGGGGGGGGCGUCUUAUUGGGAAGCUAUGCUUAUUUUAUUUCUUCUGAGGUCGGCUCAUUUUUUGAAUGAGUCUUCUUGAACAUGAUUUGUGUGAACUUAUCUGGAUUGAUAUAUUUUAUAAUGGUGCCAAAGUGUCUACCGGUUAUAUAAUUGACUUUUGACUAUCACCUGUUAUUUGUCUUAUUCUUUUUAAAACCUGGCCAGUGUGAUGAAGUACUCCCUUCCUUUUCAUGCCUGAUAUCCAUACUUCAAAAAGAAAAGCGCUACCACCAAAUAAAGUGAUUGAUUUAUGACCCUUCAGUUUUGACGAUUCAGAUGACACCAGACUGAAAAACAAAGAUUUUCACUAGCCCAUGGCUGUACAGCACACAAUAUUCACAGAAUUGUUCUAUUUACACUAAUAUUGGAGGUAAUAUUGUUUGGACUUGAUGGGAAUAUUAUUGGGAUAAGACAAUGAGUUCUUUGGAAGAUCAACAGGAUGAGACAGUAAUUGAUUUAACACACGAAGAAUCGACAACCAUCUCAGAAUCUGGCAACCAGGUUAUCGAAUCAAAUGAAUUUUCUGGUGAAAGCAGCAGUUCUUCUGGUUUUCAAGAUGAAAACCACUCAUCCGAAGAAAUUGUAAAAUUACACAAAGCUCGAAAUGAAUAUAUUUGCCAAUUUUGUGAAAAAAUCUUCAAGGGUAAACCAUGCCUUGUGAAACAUGAAAUUAUGAUUCACUUCUGUAAACCUACAUGUCCUGAUUGCGGAACUAAUUUUACUUCAUUGAAACACUUAGAAAAUCAUUUUGAAGAAUACACAGAAAAAUUAUAUCUUGAAUGUGUGAAAUGCGCUAUGAAUUUUUCGAAGGAAAAAAAUUUUCGAACUCAUUUGGAUUUAAACACAUGCUGGAUAUACUUUUGCGAAAUUUGUGGGGAUUUGUUUCAGUUUCAUGAAUUGAAAGAUCACAUGCGAAGUCACACAGGCGAAGAUUCUUAUCAUUGUGAUUCAUGUGGAAAAGAAUUCAGUUCUGAGACAUCGGUUUUGGAACAUAUGCAAACUCAUAAUAAUGAGAACACACUUGAGUGCGAUUUAUGUAAAAGAAGAUUCAUCAAGGAAGCACAUUUUAAUAAACAUGUGCGAGGAAUAUCCAGAUAUAUUUGUACAGUUUGUGACAGACAGUUUUGCACAAGGUGGUUGUACAAGAGACAUGUUCAAUCUCAUGAUAUAGAAAAACGAACCUGCUCAAUAUGUGAGCUUAUUUUUUCAUCAACACAUAUGCUCGAAAUGCAUAAAAAAGGGAAAAAACAUGCAUAUCAAUCCUCUAUCAAUAAUCAUAAAAGUUCGCAACAUACAUAAAUAUGUAACGCCACAUAGCAGAACAGGAAACUGUUUGCAAUGGCUAUUCAUUUUAGUUAUGGUUAAUAUGUGACAAUUUCUAAGACAAUGCUUUUUACAAUAAACAUGCUUGAAAAGUAACCAUUAAAUGGAAAUUUAAUUGAAGCAUUCUUGAAAGUCUGACUAUGACUACAACCUUAUUAAAGUACUUUAAAUUAAGCGCAAAUUAUUUUUUCAAAAAAGAGUAGAAGUUGAAUAAAAAAUUGUGACUCUGAUUUCCGGUGUUCUUGAAAUCUGACCCAGAGGGAGACUAAAAUAAAUGAUUUCACUAUCCUGCCAAAUCCCAUCAUGUGUUGGAAAAUCAUGAGCGAACUUACUAAUUUUUUGUAAAUUGCAAUCAAUUAUCUUACUUUCCUGAUUCGAAAUUUUUUUCUGGACGAGUUACCUUUAGUUCUGAAAUCAGACAGUUUCUGUACAAUCCUGUGCUACUUGUAUGGAAAAAUAUCAUUGAUGAUUCUUGACAAAAUUAUUCAAUUCCCAGUGCUAAUGUUCAUUGAUUUAUUUUUGUAACAAUCGUGUCAUAUAUUAUUAUCGAAUGAGCAAUCCACAAUUUCUGUUAAAUCUGCUAUUAAUUAAGGGUAGUCAUAAUAGUAUCAUAUUAUGCAAUUUUACACAACAAUUACUUUCGCUUUCGAACAAGGUCCUGUAAAAUAAAAAGCAGCAAUUGCAAAAUCUGCAAUUUUUAAAUUUCUGUGUCAAUAUUGCCUACCCAAUUUAUUACACCCUGUGUGGUAUUUGAAACCAAGAUUGUAAAUAGCAUUCAAAUACUUGAAACCUAUUUUCAUGCUUCGCAUUAAGCUUGUACUUUUGUGUUUAUAACAGACAUUUAUUAUUUUUUCUUCUGUCUUUUGUAGUAGUUUUACAUUUUACAGUAGCGACAUUAUAGGUUUUGGAGGAAUAUUAUAUUCUGCACUGUAUUCCUUUUAGCUAUGUUGUGUAUCUGUCGGUCAGAUAUUGCCAUGUUACCACAAUAAAACCGAAGUAGCUUAUACUGUAGCUUAUAAAAUAGAUACAGGGAGUCCUCGACUUACGACGUUGUUCCGUUCUCGAGACGCGGUGUAACCCGAAUUUCAGUGUAAGUCGGAACAAUCAAAAUGGCGUACAGUAUUACUGAAACUGUGUACCAUGUGACUGAAGCUUAGUGAUUAUUCGUUCAUAAUCGUAAUAGUUAGAAAUUGCCCCAGUCAAUUACGAUGUAAAUGACGAAAAUCAAUAAUGAGCCCAAAGCACUGAUUUUCUUGAUCACAAUGAUCCAGUAAUCUCGAAACAGCGUUAUGGAGUGCGCUUCGUAACCUCAAAACACCGUAAGUCAGCGUUUUUCUGGGAUUUGGUUAUUUUCCGCAAGUUGCUUAUUAACUGACCAACAGAAAAGUAGCCCUGUCUUAUUGGAGGGCUAUAUUAUGGAAAAACCCUAUUUUUCAGUGCUUCAUCUUACUUGCCGGGUUUACUUAUUUGCUGGAAAAUAUGGUAUGUCCAUUUUCAGGCUUGACUAUUUGACCUGAAAAUUGGAAAAAUGUGAUUUUUUUAAACCCUAAACGUUAAAUAAGCUAAUCUGCUUCUACUGCGGCUAUAUAUUAUCUAUUUAUACUUGAUAUUUCAAUCAAUAUUGUAUUCCAAUUUAAUUUUCCCAACGUCGCAACCUUGUUCUUGGAGCUCUGGCUCAGUUUUUUGUUCGAAGCAGUGGGGAUUCAGUCUUUGCAUAAACAGUCUUUGAUAUUUAUGGAUUAUCCAUAAGUACCGUACAGUAUUUUUUUCUGGUUCUUCAAUUGCUGGUUCUGGUUCUUCAAUUGCUGGUCUUCUGAAAUAUUCACUUCUGGUGUAGAGUAUACGACAAAAAUAUAUCCUCGCAUAUAAAGCCAUGUUUGAAACUUGAAAAAAAUUACAAAACUAGGAACUGGCUUAUAUGGCAUAACUCUGAUCACACUAAUCUGCAAUCAUUUGCUGUAUGGUAUGUUACGAUUUGUAGGGUUGACCUAAAUGAGAAGUUUUAUAAAUUCACAGUUUGGGGGUCUGCAUAUACUUGCCUUACUUGUUUUGCGCGAUCAUUUCCUGUAUUCUUCUGUAUACUUGUUGUUUUAUCAAUUUUUCCUACACACACACUAUACGGAAUUUUUUGGUUCCAUUUAUUUUCAUGUUUUUGAAAAAAUCUUCUGUACAUAUGUUAUAUGCGGUGACCGUACACUUGAACCCAUGUGUAUAUUCGCGCGUUCAAUCUAUAUGCGGGUGCUAAACCCAUGGGUUAGGGUUAGUAUGGGUUCAAAUAUCCGUAAAACAACAAAAUUUUUCAUAGGUGCAAUAGUGUGCAGGUGCAAUCGUCGUGGGUUCAAAUGUAAUGGAACCGUUAUAUGCAUAAGCUGUAUGUUGUGUGACUUUAAUUGUAUGUUGUGUGACUUUAAUUCUCAAAUUCUCUUCGAACUUGAUUUGUAUCUUGAUUUGUAUCUGCAACUAUCACGUUAUUUUUGCUUCGUUCUCUGCACCAUACCUUAUGUAAAUUGAAUUUCUUUGAAGUCUGAUAAUAGAUUCUCUAUUAGUGGCCAGCCUGAUGAACUUGUGUUUAAGAACUUAGAUUCAAUGAUCUACACCAAGUAAAAGGUCUAAUAAAAGUGUGAGGGAAUUGCUGAAUCAAAAAAAUUUUGGUCCUUCUAUAAAAAAUUCUAACAUAAUUAGUUCAAACUAAAGUGCUAACUACUAGGCCACAAGUUUUUUAUAUUCAUCAUUGCUUAUAAAUGUGUUGAACUUCUUAUUUCUGUGUGUGUUGAUGCCUUUGAGAUUAUUUUCUCAUGAAUUUUAUUCAGUUCUUUGAAUUCAGUAUUCAUUA